AUGAUAUUGCUUUUUCUUGUCGUCUUGUUCGGGGGAGGACAGAGCUUUCCGCAGAGGCUCACGAGCCAGGACUUGAUGAAGGCGAUUGUCGGACCUUCUGAGUUUUCAGACCAAAAAGGUAUCUUGGUGAAAGACUGUUGUGGAAGAGCGGAAGGUCAAGUUAAACCAACUAUACCUACUGGGGACACUACCAGGGCGACCAGAGAAGACAAAGAAUGUUGUGGUCGGCUGAGCAGCGAUAAUGACUGCUGUGGACGUGUUGAACUACAAACUAAACCAUCUGAAACUUCCGAGUGCUGUGGAAGGACAGAAGAAUCCGCCAGGCUUGCGAGGGAGGCCAAGGAAUGCUGCGGACGAUUUCUCAACGAUAAACAAGCUUGCUGCGGAACAGCCGUGCUGGUAGGGCCUUCCGGUUGCUGCGGAAGGGCAGAGGAGUGUGCUAGGAUUGCAAGGGAAGUCAAGGAAUGCUGUGGACGAAUCCAAACCGACAAAAAAGACUGUUGUGGACGAGUUGAACUUGAAUUAACUGAACCUUCUGAAGCUAAACAGGCUGAACAAUCUGAAUGCUGUGGAAGGUCAGAAGAAUCUGCAAGAGUGGCAAGAGAAGUGAAGAAAUGCUGCGGAAGACUUCACGACGGCAAAAAAGACUGCUGCGGAAGGGCUGAAGAAUCUGCCAGAGUCGCCAGGGAUAUCCAGGAAUGCUGUGGACGACUCCAUAACACGACUCAUGACUGCUGUGGAAGGGCCGAGCUUGUGGGAACGAAGAAUUGCUGUGGACGAAUCGAAGAGUCUGCCAGGGUUGCCCGUGAGGCCAAAGAAUGCUGUGGACGCCUUCACAACACAACCCAUUCUUGCUGUGGAAGAGUCGAGCUCCAAGCUUCUUUCACCGGGCCUUCUGAAUGCUGCGGAAGGACGGAGGAAUCUGUCAGAGUGGCAAGAGAAGUCAAGGACUGCUGUGGACGACUACACAACAAUACACACGAAUGCUGCGGUAGGGCUGAACUUGUGGGAACUACUGAUUGCUGCGGAAGGUCGGAAGUAUCUGCCAGGGCUGCCAGAGAAGCUAAAGAAUGCUGCGGACGAAUACAUAACACAACUCACGACUGCUGUGGAAGAGCAGAGGCGUCUUCAAGGGUUGCAAGGGAAGUCAAGGAAUGCUGCGGGCGACUCCAAACCGACAAAAAAGAUUGCUGUGGACGAGUAGAACUUGAAGCUAAACUGGCUGAACAUUCUGAAUGCUGUGGAAGAGCAAGAGAAACUGUCAGGGUUGUCAGGGCGUCCAGCAACACUACCCAUUCCUGCUGUGGACGAGCUGAACUCCAAGCCGGACUUACCGGUCCUGCGGAAUGCUGCGGAAGGACGGAAGAAUCUGUCAGAGUGGCAAGAGAGGCCAAGGAAUGCUGUGGACGACUUCACAACAAUACACACGAAUGCUGCGGUAGGGCUGAACUUGUGGGAACUUCUGAUUGCUGUGGAAGGUCGGAAGAAUCUGCCAGGGUUGCCAGAGAGGCUAAAGAAUGCUGUGGACGAUUACAUGACACAACUCACGACUGCUGUGGAAGAGCAGAGGCGUCUGCAAGGGUUGCAAGGGAAGUCAUGGAAUGCUGCGGGCGACUCCAAACUGACAAAAAAGACUGCUAUGGACGAGUAGAUCUUGAAGCUAAACUAGCUGAACAUUCUGAAUGCUGUGGAAGAGCAGCAGAAAAUGUCAGGGUUGUCAGGGCGGCCAGCAACACUACCCAUUCCUGCUGUGGACGAGCUGACCUCCAAGCCGGACUUACCGGUCCUGCGGAAUGCUGCGGAAGGACGGAAGAAUCUGCCAGAGUGGCAAGAGAGGCCAAGGAAUGUUGUGGACGACUUCACAACAAUACACACGAAUGCUGCGGUAGGGCUGAACUUGUGGGAACUUCUGAUUGCUGUGGAAGGUCGGAAGAAUCUGCCAGGAUUGCCAGAGAGGCUAAAGAAUGCUGUGGACGAUUACACGACACAACUCACGACUGCUAUGGAAGAGCAGAGGCGUCUCCCAGGGUUGCAAGGGAAGUCAAGGAAUGCUGCGGGCGACUCCAAACCAACAAAAAAGACUGCUGUGGACGAGUAGAACUUGAAGCUAAACUGGCUGAACAUUCUGAAUGCUGUGGAAGAGCAGGAGAAUCUGCCAGGGUUGUCAGGGCGGCCAGCAACACUACCCAUUCCUGCUGUGGACGAGCUGAGCUCCAAUCCGGACUUACCGGUCCUGCGGAAUGCUGCGGAAGGACGGAAGAAUCUGUCAGAGAGGCAAGAGAGGCCAAGGAAUGCUGUGGACGACUUCACAAUAAUACACACGAAUGCUGUGGUAGGGCUGAACUUGUGGGAACUGCUGAUUGCUGCGGAAAGUCGGAAGUAUCUGCUAGGGUUGCCAGAGAGGCUAAAGAAUGCUGUGGACGAUUACAUAGCACAACUCACGACUGCUGUGGAAGAGCAGAGGCGUCUGCCAGGGUUGCAAGGGAAGUCAAGGGUAAAUAA